AUGUUUCAUGCUCUCUGUACAAAGGCGGACGAAAUUGCGGAAACAGUGGCAAAGCAUGAGGAAAAACAGAUGGAGGAAUCGGAAUACGUUCAGAAGGUUACAAAAAGGGGCAGAUCNGAUAAACGUUUUAUUGAAUAG